UUCUAUUGGACGGUUUUACAUCGCCUCACAAGGAUUCUGCAUUCUAUAGUUUACACCGGACUAUUAUACUCCAGCGUUUCGGAUCCUGUAUGAGACUGGUUUUUAAAAAAUGAUAAGAGUGAGAUACUGGACUGCAAGCAUCCUGCCUUGGUUCCUUCUCAUUGGAAAUUGGAACUUCUGCUUGGGUAUAAACAGAUUGACAAUCAAUCCUCCGGCUGAUUUGCGUAUAACAGACCCAGGCCACCUGGGCCGGCUGCGCAUAGGAUGGGCACUGCCCCCCGCGUUGAAGAACGUCGCCCGCUGCUCCGUCCGCUUCCAGCUUCAGUAUUUCAACACCUACCAGGACAGGUGGACGACUAUCAGGACAACUCACCGGAGCUUUCAUGCCCAGUUUGACCUUGGAAAGGAGGUGCAAGUGAAGGUGUUCACGUUACUUAGGGGGCCUUGCACCAACAACUCAGAGCUCCUAAGCCCACCUGCCGAGUUGGUCCUGAAGCCUUCCGGUGGAGACAUCGGGCCAAAGAUCGCUGGCUUUAGCUGUAUCUUUCAUCGUAAAGAGUUCAUGGAAUGUACCUGGAAUGAGACUGGAGACCAGCCAGGACCCACCCAAACGUCUCUCUUCUACUGGCACAAGAAUAUGGAACGAGCCCUGGAGUGUCCAGGCUACAUCUUCUCCGGCGCAGAAAGAGUUGGCUGCAGCUUCCCUCUGGACAUGCUGCUCGAGUUCUCCGACUUCAACAUCUGCGUGAACAGAUCGUCCAGCAACAGGCCCCUGCAGCCGGCCUACUUCAGCUUACAGAUCCAGAAUCUUGUAAAACCAUCUGUUAUUGAGACUUUGAAGCUCAUGGCACACCCUGAUGGGAAUGUCACUGUGGAAUGGUCACCACCUGAAGGAAGAAUCUACCACAGAUGUCUGGAAUUUGAGGUGGAGUCCCUGCUGGAUGGUAUCAUGGAGAGCUGCAUCACGCGGGAGAUGAACUGCACCUUUGAGGCGCCCAGUCACAGUGAGACCGGCUGCUUCCGGGUCAGGUCUAGGGUGCACAUGUUCUGCGCAGACAAAGGGUUCUGGAGCGACUGGAGCCUUCCCCGUUGUCUGCCUGGUUCAAUAAGUCCAGAUGCCAGUGCACUGAUGAAGAUGCUGCUGUCCUGCGUGCUGCCCGUCGCCGUCCUCGCUCUCCUCGUAGCCCCCCUGUUGCUGUGGACCUCCAGGAAAACGCUGAAGAAGCGGAGCUGCUUCCCGACUCCCGAAAAGAACCUGUUUACCCCUUUCUGCAGCUCGCCGGCCUCUUCCACAGAAAAGCUACCUUUUCAGCUCGACAAAGCUGACGUCUAGCUGUUCCAGGACGGCCAGAGCGUUUGAACCCAGUUUCUGCUGCCGUGCCCCUUGCUCUGUUAUCCUUCUUAUAUUAGUACUGCACGCACUAUAUGCCAGAGUCUUGCCAGUUUACUUUAAUAUUUUUUAAUCAUGUAGCACAAUACUGUAUAGCUGACCCAGAAAUGUUUGAUUUGUCUGCAUUUGCUUUUGUACAUGUUCUGACGUUUCUUGAUUCUACAAUGAUGCAGGAUGCUUGAAUAGUCUGACUGAUCGCUUUGUAAACCCUGCUGCUCUGCUCACUGCCUCACUUAGUCCCGUCGUUGUCAUACGGGUCUGGAGCCUAUCCCAGAGAAUAUGGACAGAAGGUGGGGAACAACCCAGGACAGGGCCACCAGCCCAUCGUGAACGUGGGAACAACCGGCACUAGACAGUCCACUCUAACCAGCUAACUUGCUGAGUGUUUUAGUCACCUCUCCUCAGGAGGAGUUAGUGGUUACAGUGUGUACAGUGCCCCACCUAACUCACUGGAAUCAUGUUCCUCGUAUUAUUUGCAGAAUUGCACACAGUUCUUGCCCUGCCCAGUCUUGCCAGACAGCUUGCAUUUUACAGGACUGUAACUGUAGAUUUUAUUCGGGGUUGUUUUUUCAUUGUUGGGAUCAUGCUGUUCCAAAGUAGUCAUAUUAGCUAGCAGCUGAGUUGGCCUCCAGCUGUCAUUUUGGUAUUGCCUGUUUGUUAUGAUGUCAUCACUGGAGUCAACAUGGAAACUGUUGUUCAAUGACAUCUGCAAGAUUUGGCGCGGGGGGGGGGGAGUAAUGAUUGGUUGAAUUUCGAUUCCCUGCCCACCCCCUGCCACAUAGCCACAUACCCCUGGGGGUCAGGUUUACAGAUGUGACCCUGUCUUUGGGUGCCAGAGAAGAAAGAAGAAGACUGAUUCAUAUGGCUCCAUGUUGUUCUGUUUUACUAUUAAAAGAGUCACAGAAUGUAUGCAGAAUGUAAUUCUCACAGUAUUGGGCCGCAGGAUCUGAGUCAUGUGAGAUGUUAUGCAUUGUUUUGUACGGAUCACAUCAAAGUUCUCUGCACUAAUAAAAGCAUUUAUACUUGCCUGUUUUCCAAAA